AUGAGCAUCCACUCGGUCGACUAUGCGCAGCGCACCCCCCAACCAGAUACCCUUCAAGUGGUGGACCUUGAGGCUGGUCCUCAAUCGCCAAGCUCCCCAAUUUCGCCCAUGAGAAGAGAGGGGUCCAUCACAGACGCCUUCACCACCGCGGCAGCCAGAGUCAACUCCACCGAUACGGCCAGACGCCGAGCGCGACGCUCUAAUACUGCACGAUCAUACCAUCCCGAUGGCUUUUUGAGUGAAGUGAAUUGGCAGCCAGGUACAGAACCGGGUAUCGACCCCACCAAACCUCUGCCACCGUACAGCUCCGAAUGGUCGUCGAAUGUGCCGGGCGACCUACAGCGAGAGAGUGAGAUUACAGUGGUGGACUUUUCUCAACAUGAAAUGCGACAAUACGAAUUAGACAACGAAACACUCCCGCAAUUCCUCUCCCGCGAGCGAGAGCCUUGGGUACAGUGCCGGUGGAUCAAUGUGAAUGGCCUAAGCUGGGACGUGAUCAAAUGCGUCGGCAGUCAUAAGGGGCUCCACCGACUGGCAAUUGAGGAUAUCGUGCACACUAGCAAUAGGACAAAAGCCGAUUGGUACUCAGACCACGCUUUUGUCGCUCUGACUCUGCAGAAGCUAGUGAAAAUGCAGGAGGCCGAUAGCAGUGACUCGGAGGACGAGGGCAAUGGGCAAGAAUGGGGCGGCAAGGAGCGUAAAGGCUCCGUUGUGAGCGAUAAGAGCUCAGUGUCGAUGAAACGUUUGACCAAGCGACGUCUCAUCUUCGAGGCACUGAAAGACAUUUUUCGUUCGAAAACGACCUCAAAGAACCAAAAGGAGAAGACGACGGUUGGGUCCAGCGUUCGCCCUGGUCCAGGACAUUCAAGCUCAAAACGGGCCUCCCAGUUUGGAAAUGUUGCUCCUCCCCGAGCAGCUACGGCCAGAAGCCUGCAGCGAUUUCGCGGUGGCCCGAAUGAAGAUCGGAUUGAUUUUAUGGAACGACACGCUGUGCUAGCUUCGAAGGGUCUCUGUGUCACGUUGGAGCAAGUGUCGGUCUUUCUACAUGCCGACAACACCGUCACGUCAUUCUUUGAAACUAGUGCAGACGAUAUCGAGGCGCCUAUUGUCCGACGCCUCAGUUCACCAGAGACAAUUCUUCGGCAAUCAUGCGAUGCUAUCACCAUGGCUUAUCAAGAUGCGAUCGGAGACCUCGAGCUUGAAGUCUUGACUGAUCCGGAUAUCGACCAAUCGAAAAGCCUCUAUAUUUUGACAUCUGAAAUUGCGGUGCUACGUAAUUCGAUGCAGCCAAUGGUAGCCGUGAUCAACGCACUCCGUGAUCAUCGAUCCGAACCCAUUGGUACCCCAGGCUUCGGCGCCCUGCGAAAAGGGAUGUUCAGCCCGACUCCUACACCUGGUGAACCUGACUUCCCACCACAUCCUGCCACAAUUGGGACCAUCACACCCAAUCUGAAGAGUUUCGGAGGCUCAAGUGUCACGAUUAGCUCGAUGUGUCAUACCUAUCUCGGAGAUGUCCUCGAUCAUUGCAUCACUAUUGUGGAGGGAUACGAUCAAAUGCGGCGCGCCGCAGAUAAUAUGAUUGAUCUCAUUUUCAACACUAUCGGAGCCUAUCAGAACGAGAGCAUGAAGCAACUGACCAUUGUCACUUGUCUGUAUCUUCCAAUGACCUUUUUAACGGGAUACUUUGGAAUGAACUUUACGCACUUUGCAGGCAUCGAGAAUAGUGACUCAUACUUUUGGAAAAUCGCUGUUCCCUUCGUCUUUGUCACGACUCUUUUCCUCAUGCGUGAUAAAAUCCAACGUUAUGCUGUCAUGCUCGCACAGAGACGACUCAUUACAAGCUCCAGGAAGCAGAGACGGGAGGGAAAGAAGAGGUGA